GGUUAAUUCGGCACGCUGGGUGACAGCGGCUCCUGACUCAACUCAGGACCGGUUUCAUCCCACGACCUGCCGGAGCCCGGACGCCCACACCUGCCGCGGGUCGCGGAGGCGCGCUUCCUCACCGACUGGCUCUCAGCCCCGGGCCUUGAGUGCCCGCCGCCGCCGGGGGGCCUCGCUAGCCCUUCCGCGCCGAUGCUGAGAGAGACCGCGGGCCCCGGGCGGCGGCGGCGGAGUGUGGGCCUCUUGCUCCUUAGGCCCGCCGCAGGCGGUGCCGGUUCUUACGCGCCCGAGGCUUGCUAACUCCUGCCUGGGCUUGGAUGGGCCCUCCUGCCCGAUAAAUGUGGCUACUGAGGCGGCGGUGGCGGUGGUCGGUCCUGCUACUGCUGCCGCGUUCGAAGUUCACCUCCGCCCCGGGGUUCUCCUGCCCCACGCCCGGGCUGUGGCCGCCCGCUCUUAACCCCUUGGCCCUGGCCUUGCAGCUUGGCGACCAUGGACAAGAUCCUGGAGGGCCUGGUGAGUUCUUCGCACCCGCUGCCGCUAAAGCGGGUAAUUGUGCGGAAGGUGGUGGAGUCGGCGGAGAAUUGGCUGGACGAGGCGCAGUGCGAGGCCAUGUUUGACCUGACGACCCGGCUCAUCCUGGAGGGCCAGGACCCCUUUCAGCGGCAGGUGGGGCACCAAGUGCUGGAGGCCUACGCACGGUACCACCGGCCGGAGUUCGAGUCCUUCUUCAACAAGACGUUCGUGUUGGGCCUCCUGCAGCAAGGCUACCACUCGCUAGACAGGAAGGACGUAGCCAUCCUGGACUACAUUCACAAUGGCCUGAGGCUGAUCAUGAGCUGCCCGUCGGUGCUGGACCUCUUCAGCCUACUGCAGGUGGAGGUGCUGCGGAUGGUGUGUGAGCGGCCGGAGCCGCAGCUGUGCGCCCGACUGAGCGACCUCCUGACCGACUUCGUGCAGUGCAUCCCCAAAGGGAAACUGUCCAUCACCUUCUGUCAACAGCUGGUUCGAACGAUAGGCCACUUCCAGUGCGUCUCCACCCAGGAGAAAGAGCUGCGGGAGUAUGUCUCGCAGGUGACAAAAGUGAGUAACUUGCUGCAGAACAUCUGGAAGGCCGAGCCCUCCACCCUGCUGCCUUCCCUGCAAGAAGUUUUUGCAAGCAUUUCUUCCACAGAUGCAUCAUUUGAACCUUCUGUAGCAUUGGCAAGUCUUGUGCAGCACAUUCCUCUUCAGAUGAUUACAGUUCUCAUCAGGAGCCUUACUACGGAUCCAAAUGUAAAAGAUGCAAGUAUGACCCAAGCUCUUUGCAGAAUGAUUGACUGGCUGUCUUGGCCAUUGGCUCAGCACGUAGACACAUGGGUGAUUGCACUCCUGAAAGGACUGGCAGCUGUCCAGAAGUUUACUAUUUUGAUAGAUGUUACUUUACUGAAAAUAGAACUGGUUUUCAAUCGUCUUUGGUUUCCUCUUGUGAGACCCGGUGCUCUUGCAGUUCUUUCUCACAUGCUGCUGAGCUUUCAGCAUUCGCCAGAGGCGUUCCAUUUGAUUGUUCCUCAUGUGGUUAACUUGGUUCACUCCUUCAAAAGUGAUGGUCUGCCCUCCAGUACAGCCUUCCUAGUGCAGUUAACAGAAUUGAUACACUGUAUGAUGUAUCACUAUUCUGGAUUUCCAGAUCUCUAUGAACCUAUCCUGGAAGCAGUAAAGGAUUUUCCUAAGCCCAGUGAAGAGAAGAUUAAAUUGAUUCUCAGUCAAAGUGCCUGGACUUCUCAAUCCAAUUCUUUGGCAUCUUGUUUGUCUAGACUUUCUGGAAAAUCUGAAACUGGGAAAACUGGUCUUAUUAAUCUAGGGAAUACCUGUUAUAUGAACAGUGUUAUACAGGCAUUGUUUAUGGCCACGGAUUUCAGGAGACAAGUAUUAUCGUUAAAUCUAAAUGGGUGCAAUUCAUUAAUGAAAAAGUUACAGCAUCUUUUUGCCUUUUUGGCUCAUACACAGAGAGAAGCAUAUGCACCUCGGAUAUUCUUUGAGGCUUCCAGACCUCCAUGGUUUACCCCCAGAUCACAGCAAGACUGUUCUGAAUACCUCAGGUUUCUACUAGACAGGCUCCAUGAAGAAGAAAAGAUCUUGAAAGUUCAGUCCUCACACAAGCUGUCUGAAAGUAUGGGGUACAAUGAAACUUCUUUACAAGAAGUAGCCAGUAAGGCAGCUGUACUAACAGAGACCCCUUGCACAAGUGAUGGUGAGAAGACAUUAAUCGAAAAAAUGUUUGGAGGAAAACUACGAACUCACAUAUGUUGUCUGAACUGCAGGAGUACCUCACAAAAAGUGGAAGCCUUUACGGAUCUUUCACUUGCCUUUUGUCCUUCCUCUUCUGUGGAAAACUUGUCUUUUCAAGAUCCAGCAUCAUUACCCAGUACACAGGAUGGUGGUCUAAUGCAAGCCAGUGUACCUGGUCCUUCAAAAGAACCAGGAGUCUGUAAUCCAGCAACAGCUGCCUUUGUCUGUGACUCAGCUGUGAGUGAAAGAAUGGUGGACAGUUCCGAUGAGUUUCGCUGUACUGAAGAGACUUCUGUCCCUAAUGACUCUAGCAAGAUUCUUGCUAAUAAGGAUGUACCUCAGAAACCAGGAGGUGAAAUCACACCUUCAGUAACUGACUUACUAAAUUAUUUUUUGGCUCCAGAGAUUCUUACUGGUGACAACCAAUAUUAUUGUGAAAACUGUGCCUCUCUGCAGAAUGCCGAGAAAACUAUGCAAAUUACGGAGGAACCUGAAUACCUAAUUCUUACUCUCCUAAGAUUUUCAUAUGAUCAGAAGUAUCAUGUGAGAAGAAAAAUUCUAGACAAUGUAUCACUGCCACUGGUUUUGGAGUUGCCAGUUAAAAGAACUACUUCUUUCUCUUCAUUGUCAGAAAGUUGGUCUCUAGAUGUUGACUUCACUGAUAUUAGUGAGAAUCUAGCUAAAAAAUUAAAGCCUUCUGGGACUGAAGAAGCUUGCUGCCCAAAAUUGGUGCCCUAUCUAUUAAGUUCCGUUGUCGUUCACUCUGGUGUAUCCUCUGAAAGCGGGCAUUACUACUCUUAUGCCAGAAACAUCACAGGUACGGAGUCCUCAUACCAGAUGUGCCACCAGCCCGAAACUCUGGCGUUAGCCUCCUCCCAGAGUCAUUUACUAGGGAGAGAUAGUCCCCGUGCAGUGAUUGAACAAGAUUUGGAAAAUCAGGAAAUAUCAAAAGAAUGGUUUUUAUUUAAUGACAGCAGAGUGACGUUUACUUCAUUUCAGUCAGUCCAGAAAAUCACGAGUAGAUUUCCAAAGGACACAGCCUAUGUGCUUUUGUAUAAAAAACAGAACAGCACUAAUGGUUUAAGUGGUAAUAAUUCAACCAGUGGACUCUGGGUAAAUGGAGACCCACCUCUCCAGAAAGAACUAAUGGAUGCCAUAACAAAAGACAAUAAGCUGUAUUUACAGGAACAAGAGUUGAAUGCUCGAGCCCGGGCCCUACAAGCUGCAUCUGCCUCCUGUUCAUUUCGGCCCAAUGGAUUUGACGACAAUGAUCCACCAGGAAGCUGCGGACCAACUGGUGGUGGGGGUGGAGGAGGAUUUAAUACUGUUGGCAGACUCGUAUUUUGAUGCUGAGAGAGUCCAAAUGCACUGGUCACAAAACAGCCAAUACUAUGACUGUUAAAAUGUCAGACUGUAACAAGUAUCUUACCUAUCUUUUAUUUUUCUUUUCAUUAGACCCUUAUACUUUGAGAAAACACAUUCAGUGCUUGUUUUUAUUUUCUUGACAAUACAUUUAUUAACAAAAUGCAUCAUGGGAAAAAAAUCUACCUCUUAAAAUUCCAUUUGCUUUUAUGGUUAGACAUGCUUGACCAAAAAUUUUCAGAGGAAAAUAUAUACCUGGUCCCUAAUUAAGCUGCAUUAAAUUUAGUAGAGGUAUUUAAAUGGUCCUGUCCUUGGUUUUACUGAAAGAAAAAGAAAAUUUCAUUUAUUAUCCUUUAUAAAAGAAUUGGUAUUAGAGUUGAAGGAAAUAUUGUUAAAAAGGAAAGAAAAAAUCUUUUAUUUAGAUUACCUGUGUAGUUACCCCAUUAUUAAAUUCAAGUCUUUGAAAAUACUAGAGAUGAUACAGUCUCUCUUGAAGGCAAUAACAUAAAAUUCAUCCAGCUGUAGUACUUUUCAGGUUUGUGUAGUGCUGUCUUCAGCAUCACUGUAUCUGCAUUUCAAGUACAAAUGUUUUAAAAAAGGAUUAUUUAUACAUAUGUGCUGAAUUGAUUUUAAGAAAGGUGCAUGAUCCUGUAGGAGCCACAUUUUUACCUAAAAAUUGCUAACUUUGUAGUAUUUCUAAUUGUUUGAGGAUUUUAAAAAUUCUAUUUCAGGGAGUAUAUCUUCUGUGUGUUUUGAAGGAGGUGAGUUCUGUAUGUGCCUUGCAGUACUGUAAUUCAAAAAUAGGAAUCUUUGGCUGCGGAAAAGUUUUUUUUAAAUGAAAAAUGAAAAAUGUUAGGAAGUAAUUUUUUUGUGCUAACAUUAAAAUUAUAACUUUUUGAAAGGUAUUAGAUUUUCCUGAAGUAAAAUCUGAUGGUUCUAAAUCAAUAAGUGUGAUAGUUUGUUUUUAACUCUUAGAAGAAUUCAGAGGAAAUGAACCUAGUCACGUAAAAAAACUUUGAUUUUUGUUACUAAUCCUCAGAAUAUUAAAAAUUGAUCACAUAUUUUUAGAGUUGUU